AAUUUACAGCUUUUGGCAACAAUGGAUUUUAAUUAUCUUGCCAUUCUCACAUUCAUUGUAAGCCAUACGAUAUCAUUCAAUAUUACAUCAGCAACAGGAGGAACGGAUGAAAAAGGACCCAGCACUCCCAAAAAAAGAAAGAUUGAAACUAAAUUUCGGUAUCCCAAUAAUGAACUAGUCUCUGCUCUUGGACAAGUGGGACAUAUAAUUGUUCGUCACUUGCCCCACAAAGAUUUAGGAAAUCUUAGCAAGGCAAUCCCCAUGAUGUCUGAGCAUAUAAACCACGAGUUAAACCGU